GCUCCGGUCCCGCCGAAUGCAUGAGGUUGAUGCUCCUCUGCUGCACCUGGAGGGAAGAACGUAUGGGAGAGGAGGAAGGAAGUGAUCUGCCCGUGUGUUCAAGCUGUGGCCAGAGCAUCUAUGAUGGCCAGUACCUCCAGGCCCUGAAUGCUGACUGGCAUUCUGACUGCUUCAGGUGCUGUGAGUGUGGUGCCUCCCUCUCCCACCAGUACUAUGAAAAGGAUGGGCAGCUGUACUGUAAGAAGGACUAUUGGGCCCGCUAUGGCGAGUCAUGCCAUGGUUGCUCUGAGCAGAUCACCAAAGGGCUGGUCAUGGUGGCAGGAGACCAGAAGUACCAUCCGGAAUGUUUCAUCUGCCUCACAUGUGGGGCCUUCAUUGGAGACGGGGACACCUAUGCCCUGGUGGAACGAUCCAAGCUCUACUGUGGGCAUUGCUAUUACCAAAUGGUGGUGACUCCGGUCAUCGAGCAAAUCCUGCCUGACUCACCAGGGUCCCGCCUCCCACAUACGGUCACCUUGGUGUCCAUCCCAGCCUCCGCUGACGGCAAGCGAGGGCUCUCUGUGUCCAUCGACCCGCCCUAUGGCCAGCAGGGCUGUGGCUCUGAGCACUCCCACACGGUCCGAGUUCGUGGAGUGGACCCAGAUUGCAUCAGUCCAGAUGUGAAGAACUCCAUCCACAUUGGAGAUAGAAUCCUAGAAAUCAAUGGUACUCCCAUCCGGAACGUGCCCUUAGAUGAGAUCGACCUGCUGAUCCAGGAGACCAGCCGCCUGCUCCAGUUGACCAUUGAGCAUGACCCCCAUGAUGUCCUGGCCCAUGGCACAGCUCCAGAGGCCAGCCCUCUGGCAGAUCUUCGAAGUCCACUAUGCUCCCCGGUCCGAACCCCCAACACAGAAGCAGGAGGGCCUGUCCGGCAGAGGCCUGUCCUGAGAAGCUGCAGCAUUGACAAAUCACCCUGUGGCAGCUCCCUGGGCUCCCCUGCCUCCCAGCGGAAGGACCUGGGCCGUUCUGAAUCCCUCCGAAUCGUCUCUCGAACCCACCGCAUCUUCCGGCCCUCUGACCUCAUUCAUGGUGAAGUGCUGGGGAAGGGCUGCUUUGGACAAGCCAUCAAGGUGACACACCGGGAGACCGGCGAGGUGAUGGUGAUGAAGGAGCUCAUCCGAUUUGAUGAGGAGACGCAGAGGACGUUUCUCAAAGAGGUGAAGGUGAUGCGGUGCCUGGAACAUCCCAAUGUGCUUAAGUUCAUUGGAGUGCUCUACAAGGACAAGAGGCUGAACUUCAUCACCGAAUAUAUCAAGGGUGGCACCCUCCGGGGAAUCAUCAAGAGCAUGGAUAGCCAGUACCCAUGGAGCCAGCGGGUUAGCUUUGCCAAAGACAUCGCCUCUGGAAUGGCCUAUCUGCAUUCCAUGAACAUCAUUCACAGAGACCUGAAUUCCCACAACUGCCUGGUGCGAGAGAACAAAAAUGUGGUCGUGGCCGACUUUGGGCUGGCCCGGCUCAUGGUGGAUGAGAAGAACCAGCCCGACCAGCUGCAGAGCCUGAAGAAGCCAGACAGGAAGAAGCGAUACACUGUGGUGGGGAACCCCUAUUGGAUGGCUCCUGAGAUGAUCAAUGGGCACAGCUAUGACGAGAAGGUAGACAUCUUUUCCUUUGGCAUUGUCCUCUGUGAGAUCAUCGGCCGGGUGAACGCCGACCCCGACUACCUUCCCCGCACGAUGGAUUUCGGCCUCAACGUCCGAGGAUUCCUGGAUCGAUACUGUCCCCCCAACUGCCCGCCAAGUUUCUUCCCCAUCACCGUCCGCUGCUGUGACCUUGACCCUGAGAAGAGGCCAUCUUUUGUGAAGCUGGAGCAGUGGCUCGAGACCCUUCGCAUGCACCUGGACAUCCAUCUCCCCCUGGGACCACAGCUGGAACAGCUGGAUAAGGGGUUCUGGGAGACCCACAGGCGGGGCGAGAGCGGGCUGCCCAUGCACCCAGAGGUCCCCGACUGAGCCCGCCUGGACAGCCCUGGCCCUCCUGGCCCCAUCCCGCACAGGAGCCCCCGUCUCAGAUAGCAUCAGCAUCCGCUCACAUUGACAGCAGAGCAGGAGGGAGGGGAAGGGAGAACCUUCCCCUGCCCCAUCCAUCCCCCACACCGGCUCCCUCCUGGGAGCCGUCCAAGCCCCCCUACAGUGCACAGUCAUCAUCUCCUUCUCGCACUCGCCACACCCUAGGGUCUGGCCCCAACUCAGGAGCCCGUCCUUUCUUUGAGGAGGUUAAGCCAGGUCUGUCCAGUGCAGCUCAGGAUCUCCUAGGGCUUAGGGGCAUGGGCAAGGGGGCAGGGGUCACCUCCCCCUAAGACCCUACCCCGUGAAGUCUGGGGGGAGGGAGGGGGCAGAGAGAGUGCCUAGGCACCUUCCUAGAAACGGUCACCAUUGGUGACCGCCCCAGCUUCACGCUUCAGCACUCAUACCCCCCUCCCCCAUCUUUGCCCCCACCCACCAACCCCUCUCUACCAACCCUUUCCCAUAGCGUGUUCUUUCCUCACUCUCACUGUGACUGCCCUUGGCUUCUGGUCGUGGCCACUCUCCCCCUAGCCUUGCCUGUAGCUCCCGUCUCCUGCCCCUCGUCUCUGGGAUUGGCCCAAAAUGUGGCCCUCACCAGCACCUUGGUGAUGCUUCUGUCGCGGUCCUUUAUUCUCCCUAGCUUUGGCCCUGCCUGGUGAGCCGUGCUCCCCUCUCCUACCGCCAGCCCCCACUUGUGAUCCUCUCCCCCUCCCACUUGUGGUGGUGAUAGGGGACAGGGUAAGGCGGCAGUAAGGGUGGGGCCUGGGAAAGGAAGAAAAGCUGCCCCCUCCUCUCCCCCACCCCUAUUAAUUCCCCAGUGGGAGGAAUGAGGGAGGGGUUGCCCCAUCCCUGGAGAGAGAGCCAAGGGACCAGCACUGGUACUUCCAGCAUCCCCAGCAUGUUCUGUCCUGACUGAGUGGUGCCUUGGGCUUGAGGGGGUUUGCACCGGAAGGGAACGAGGCAGGGUAGAGGCACAAAACCCUUAGCGUAUCGUUUUGUUAUUUUUUUUUUUCAAAUAUAGAAUUUCCAGGAAUCGCUCAUAAGGUUUUACAGGGCUUUGCUCCAAAUGUGUGUUCCCUGUGGUUGAACUCUUCAGGACGUCUUCUCUCCCCGUCCCCCAUGCUGCUGAAAGUGUGGCCUUGUUUCAGGGAGUGCAUAAGGAGUGUGUGUGCAUACAUGCGUGCACAUGCGCAUGUAUGUGUGAGUGUUAGUUACCCGUAAGCAGACAUGAAGGUCUGCUCUGUCCAGUUGCACACGCCUCUAGAUGGAAAUGCACAUGUGGAUUGUCUCAAUGGUCAACCUCAUCUAACAUCUGCAUGGCGCUCUCUACCUUUCAAAGCCCUUUCUUUCACAUUCAUUCUCUUAUUUGAGCCACACAACAACUUUGUUGUCUAGACACGUUAGGCAUUAUUAUUCCCAUUGUACAGAUACGGAAUCCAAGACCUAGGUGGGUGAAAUCACUCGCUCGUGGUCACACCUAGGGCUUGGUGGCCGAACUGGGACUAGAGCCAUAUUGCUUAGAAGGUCCGAGCCAGAAGGACCUCAGAAAUCAUCUCAUCUCAUGCCCUUCAGUUCACAGAUGAGGAGAGAGAAGCAUGUGACCCAGGGAUCACCCCGAGAGUCAGGGUCAGAGCUGACUCCCUGUGUUCUCUCAGUGAUGGCACGCUGGGCCUCUGUACAGAUAGGAAACUCUGGUUGGCAUCUGUGGCCAAGCCGAGAUCAGAACUCAACUCUGUGUGUGUGUGUGUGUGUGUGUGUGUGUGUGUGUGUGGUCACUUUGCUCGGACACAAGGGGAGGCAGAUUGGGCAGCUCAGUGGAACCAGGGCGAGGGCAGUGGGAGAGAAAGGGUAGGCCAGUCCAGUGGAACCUUGCCUCCCAGGAAGCCCCAUCCUCUACCUGUUUCUGUCAUAUCUGAGCUCAUGGAGCGGGGAGCUGAUGUUCCCAGGAGGCCAGCCUGGGAGCCUAGGUUUCAUUCGCCACCCUCCUCCCUCAUCCGAGGGGGUAUUUGGGAAGCCAGUCCUGGGGCCUGUUUACUGCCCUUGUCUGUAGCGCAGAGAAAAGGUCCCCUUCCUCUCUGGCGGUAGGUACUGAUCCUUGGGGAAAGAACCCCUUUUAGCUAGAGUAUCCCCCUCCUCUUAUUUUCUUUUCGUUGAAACCACACCAGAUGUUACUAAAUUCCUCCGUGUCUCAGCACAGCCCGGGCAGCUGUUUAAGCAGGAGUGGCCGAGGGGCUCUGGGAAGCCAGGAGUGGUGCAGUCUCUCAAUGUGGACCCCAAAAGGAGCCGGGAGAGGCCCGGGGGAGGCUGGGGGUGAUGGGAUGGGGAAGGAAGACAGCAAAUGUCUGCCGGCAUCUUGCCCAGCCCUUCAUCUCGGCCUUCCUGGCCCCGCCCUUGAUUACCCUCCCCCAAGGAUGGACCAGUGGCAGGUGGAGGAGCAGGGGGGCGGUCUUCAUGCUACUGUUUACCCAGGUUCUUUUGUGUAAUAUAUUUUUUAAAAAGA